AAUCGCGUCCGCCUUCUAAUUUAUGACCUUUCCAAGUUUACUUCCCUUCCUUUUUUCACGUGAUUUUCCUCAGCUUCGCGUUCGGUAAUCGGUGCAACUGCUACGUUCCAUUGAUCGCCUGACCUAUGUGCUCCUGAACGAAGCAUGAAGUCCAUCUUCCGGACUAGGAUCGUGUAUUUCUCGCUGGAGAGGCGGCAGCGAUCGCUCUCAACAUGAAGCAACAGCCGAAGAUCAAGGUAUCACUCUCGACUGUGCCGCUCCGUGGUUGAGAAAAUCCAUUGGCGUCCGCGUAAAUUUUUUGCGGUACAGGCAGGUAACGGCGUUGCGAGUGACACGUUACCUUACCAGCAUCAAGAAGUACCAUUUUUUAUUAUUUUUUUUCCUGGGAGUUUAGUUUGAUUUGAGAAACUUGAACGCCAUCCGUAGGCUCCGAGCGAGUUGUGGACACCGGUUGUCGUGUGUAAAGCUGGCACAGUGAAAUUUUGGUUGACUAUAGACUCUUUUUCUAUCUAGGCAGUUUGAUUUGCGCGAUGUGUGUAGAUUAUCCGUUAUUAGGGCUUAAUUAUCUGGAAUGUUAAAAUGUAGGAAAGGGUCUGUUGUGCGCGACUGUAGGCGAGAGUACCGCGAGCGCAACAUCGUCAGAGUUCUGCCCCUGUGUUCGCGCGCGGGACUGGCGUAUGGAUGAUGCGUUUUCCACAAACUCGCGACUUGUUGAAUGUUUUAAGGAGUGCGUGGAUAUCGCUGUCCGACUCCUAAUGCUGAAAGUGUUCGCGCCUGCUUUGACGAUGACUUCGAUAAGUUCCACGGAUCCUGAGCCUGGCGGCAGUGUCAACGAAAGGAUGUCAAAAAUCCUCAAGUAUGCGUCGCUGCUGUUCAUCGUGGUUCAAACCACCACGAUGGUGCUCGUCCUGCGGUUCUCCCGCACGCAAACUGUUGAAGGCCCACGGUAUCUGUCCAGCAGUGCUGUCGUCACCGCAGAGUUCUUCAAGAUUCUGGUCUGUGUAGCUGUGCUCUUCUGGGAGAACGGUUACUCGGUAUCCCAAGUCGCCAAGCAGCUUUACUGCAACGUCUGGGCCCAGAAAAGGGAGACUUUUAAAAUGCUCGUUCCUGCCGGACUUUACACGCUACAGAACAACCUGCUAUUCUUUGCUCUCUCUCUCCUAGACGCCGCCACGUAUCAGGUGACGUACCAGCUGAAGAUCCUCACCACCGCCAUGUUCAGCAUACUCAUACUGAAGAGGAGGAUUUCGAAGCAGCAGUGGCUAGGGCUGGUUGUUCUCGUUGUUGGUGUCAUCCUUGUACAGACGCCGUCCAAGCCCAGCGCUCAGAAGGCCAUGGACGUGGCCACCGUGGGCCAGUUCCUGGGCCUCCUGGCCGUCCUGACGUCCUGCCUCUCCAGCGGGUUCAGCGGCAUCUACCUCGAGAAGUUGCUCAAGGAGACCACCUGGUCACUCUGGAUACGCAACGUCCAGCUAGCCAUAUUCGGGUUCCUCCUCGGCAUCCUGGCCAUGCUUUUGGCAGACUGGAACGCGCUUCUUGUCGAAGGCUUUUUCCAGGGCUACAACAGCGUCACGUGGACUGUCAUUUUUCUUCAAACAUUCGGAGGGUUGAUUGUGUCGCUGGCGGUGCGGUAUGCCGACAGCAUCCUCAAGGGCUUUGCCACGUCGGUCUCUAUCGUGCUGUCAACUUUCUGCUCCUAUUUCCUGCUGGGUGAUCUUCUACCUACCGGCCGUUUCUUCAUGGGAGCGGCCACAGUCAUAUUUGCCACACUAAUCUACGGGAUCCCCGUGACUUGGAAACAGUAGGACAUUUGUGCGUCAAAGUGACGACAAAAAAUGGCCCCUGCACCACCGCAGGCGUUGGAAGCACACAUCGGGCCGCAGGUUCAUCCCGGAAAACAAACUCAUCUAUGUCGCUGCUGUUGUCAUUCGUGAAGCUUGUUGUCGGCAGCCUUCUUGCCAGUAACAGUAGUACAGUAUUAAUGCCGGAGCUCAACCAAAAGAUGGUGACACUAGUUCUGUGCCUGGGUUGUAUCCAGUCAAUUGUAUCCGAUACCACUGUGGCAUUGCAAUUUGGGGCAUGAAAAGCAUGUCGGUCUGCCCUGUCCUUGAGCCCACUGUGCAAACGAUGCUUUUUACUGAUGAUUGGAGUUUAUUAAUGUUCAUUAUGUCCACAUGCAUGUUUGUGGAGUAGGCGAUGCCCAAUCAGUGUCUGAACAACAUCCUAGUCUUUCAACUGAGCUUGCUCCCAUUUAAAAAUGUGUUUCGUAUACAUUUUUGCGAUGCACAAUGCAGUCUCGCGUGAAUUUCCAGUGCCCGGCAGCGAAUUUUGUGAUGAGAGUCGAUCUCCAAUUGUGAUUUGUACAUAGAGAUGCUUUACGGGGGUGGUGGCUUUCUAUUGUGAGCCCACCUGUGUGGAACACACACACAAAAAAUUAAACAGCCUGUAUCAGGCAUUUUACGACCGAGAGAUUUGUUUAUGCAAAGUAUUUAUGUGCGCAGAUGCCUCUGCCCAAACUUUGUUUCUUCCCGUACUUAAAUAAAUAUUGUAAAUUAAGCCAUUUAGAGUGAAACUGAUGGGCCCCAUGCGUUGCUGUUCGUGAAAAGUUGCAUUUGUAAGUCUUGUUGGGCAUUAGGUUGUGUUCCCUUUAAGUUAUAAUUAUUGUCUUCCCACACCCUUCUUUUCAAAUACAGGCAUUACCGGUUUUUAUAACAGACAGUCGCGCAUAGGACUAGCAGGCAUGCAGCAAGAUUUUCCUGCUUUCUAUCCUGCGCUCUGGAACAUGUUGCUGUGUAGAUUCACCCCAGACUGCUAGAACCCAUCCUUCAUUCUGAUUGGCUAAUGUUUGCAGCUUUCUACUAGUCAUUAUCUCGCACAUAAUGCACAUCAGCUACACUUUGUCUCAGCUUAGUAAGCCCAAACGCAGCUGACACUGCGAGGUAAUGGGACAAAUCAAGCAGCAUUGAAAGUGCAAGUCACUAGGCCUUUUCUUUUUAUGAUUGGCUCAGAGAGGAUAGAACAGGUACAGCAACAUGCCAAUCAUUAUGAUGGUGCAUUUUUGGCGCUGUUUCAUUGAUCCCCUCGACGUAGCGCCGACUGUGUCUGGACUUAAGCUGAAACAGAGUAGCAGCUAAUCACCUUAAUGUAAAAACGAAAUGUGCAUUCAACCGCUAUAAUACAGGACAAGUACUGCUAGUUUCUAAAAACCUGCCUGCCAAAGUUGGAUGUCCAUAUUCACAAUAGAGAAUUACAUACUGAAAGGUCUGGGGGAGCCUUACAGGAAUAAAACUUAGAAUACCUGCGCAUGACCACGGCGACGUUUUCCGUGGAAAGCUAGGUGUAGGCUCUCACGAAAAGUGUGCUCAUGUGCAGGAUCAAAAGUUGGUUGACCCAAUAGGUACAGUCGUGCAAGAAAUCAACUGCAUUACUUCCAAAGCAUCUCGAAGUUGUCAUGCUUCUGAGCUUCGCCUGCUGCGCUCGGCCACGGGGCGCGAACGCGUUCACACGAUGGGACCGCGUGAUCUUGGCUUUGACGGCUGGUUCACUCAUCUGCGUUGGUCGCACUUUCAUGCAACCGAAACGACUGUAACGACAAGGUCACCAAGACAAGUGUUUGCCGUACACAGCGUGGCAGGCUAUGCAGAGGCAGGGCUCGGGGCAGAGGAUAGAGCUUCGCGAAGCGAUAGUCACGGUCGUUAUGGUCGGUACGGUCGGCUCGGUUGCAUGCGAACGCAACCUUUGCAUGUGUGUGAACCCGUUGUAGCGUUCAAUCAUGCACGAGCCGCGUUCUAAUGCUAGCGUCUGUUCAAGCGCGCAAAAGAAAACAAAAGUAAAACCAACCGAAAAUGUA